GUACUCCACUGCAAACGUGAGCAGAGUGCAUUCAGCUACAGUAGGAGGAGUGAUUUGUUUGUGACAGUGGUCGACGCAGUUGGACGUCGGUACCUGAAAAAAUCGUGCGGCUUACCAAGUUAUUGAAAAGACCGAGACCUUAAAAGUUUUCAUAUUUUCACAAGUGUCGAAGAGUUUAGAAAUUCGGCUGCAUUUUGAUAAGGUGAGUGCACUUUAGACGGAAGCGAAGAUGCCACUGUCCAGGUCCCUGUCGAUGACGUCAUUGAGUGGCCUCCCAAUUUGGGAGGAUGAAAAUUUACCCGUGGAAGAUUUACUCCUGUUUGAGGUCGCUUGGGAGGUAACCAAUAAAGUUGGAGGAAUCUACACAGUAAUCCAGACAAAGGCAAAGCUCACCGUGGAUGAAUGGGGGGAGAACUUCUUCAUGGUGGGGCCAUAUUAUGAGCACAACUUCAAGAUGCAGGUGGAGGAGUGUGAGGCACCAAACCCAGCCAUACAGAAGGCCAUGGAGACCCUGAACAACAAUGGCUGUCAGGUACGCUUUGGACGCUGGCUGAUCGAGGGCAGUCCCUAUGUGAUUCUGUUUGACAUCGGCUCUGCUGCCUGGAAUUUGGAUCGGUGGAAGGGGGAAUUCUGGGACACCUGCGGGAUUGGACUUCCUUUCCAUGACAGAGAAGCCAACGAUUCCCUUAUCUUUGGAUCACUGAAUGCCUGGUUCUUCAAAGAGUUGACAGACCAGCUCCAGGACAAACCCCAUGUCAUUGCCCACUUCCACGAGUGGCAGGCGGGACCGGGUCUCAUACUGUGCCGUUCACGGAACAUCCCAAUGGCAACCAUCUUUACGACACACGCCACCCUGCUGGGCCGCUAUCUGUGUGCUGCAAAUGUGGAUUUCUACAAUAAUCUGGACAAGUUCAACAUCGACAAGGAGGCUGGAGAAAGGCAGAUUUACCACCGGUACUGUCUGGAGCGAGCGUCGGUCCACUGCUCCCACGUCUUCACCACCGUCUCUGAGAUCACUGCCAUCGAGGCUGACCACAUGCUGCACAGGAGACCAGAUGUGGUAACACCAAACGGUCUGAACGUGAAGAAGUUCUCUGCCAUGCAUGAGUUUCAGAAUCUGCACUCCACAAACAAAGGCAAAAUCCAGGAGUUUGUUCGAGGACACUUUUAUGGACAUCUUGACUUCAAUCUGGAGAAAACUCUAUUUUUCUUCAUUGCCGGCCGGUAUGAGUUCUCCAACAAGGGGGCAGACAUCUUUUUGGAGUCCCUGUCCAGGCUCAAUUACUUGCUUAGGGUGCACAGGAACGAUGUCACUGUGGUGGUGUUCUUUAUAAUGCCCGCAAAGACCAACAACUUCAACGUGGAGUCUCUGAAGGGGCAGGCUGUACGCAAGCAGCUCUGGGACACUGCUCAUUCCGUUAAAGAGAAGUUUGGCAAGAGGCUCUAUGAUGCCCUGUUAAAAGGGGAAAUCCCUGACAUGAAUAAAAUCCUGGACAAAGAUGACUUCACUAUUAUGAAGAGGGCCAUAUACUCUACUCAGAGACACACCCUACCCCCAGUGACCACUCAUAACAUGCUGGACGACACCACUGACCCCAUCCUGGCCAACGUGCGUCGUAUCAGUCUCUUCAACGCCCGCACCGAUAGGGUUAAGAUAGUGUUCCAUCCGGAAUUCCUGUCUUCCACCAGUCCAUUGCUUCCCAUGGAUUAUGAGGAGUUUGUGCGCGGUUGCCACCUGGGUGUUUUCCCCUCUUACUACGAGCCCUGGGGCUACACACCAGGUGAGUGUACAGUGAUGGGGAUCCCCAGUGUGACCACCAACCUGUCUGGGUUUGGUUGCUUCAUGGAGGAACAUGUCUCAGAUCCUGCAGCGUAUGGGAUCUACAUUGUGGAUCGGCGGUUCCGGUCAGCCGAUGAGUCCUGUAGCCAGCUCACACAGUUCAUGUUUGGGUUCUGCCAGCAGUCCCAUCGGCAACGCAUCAUCCAGCGGAAUCGCACUGAGAGGCUAUCGGACCUGCUGGACUGGAGGUAUCUGGGAAGGUUCUACAUACAUGCUCGACACCUGGCCUUAAGCAGAGCCUUCCCAGAAAAGUUCAAAAUGGACCCAAUCGCACCUCCACAGACGGAAGGUUUCCGCUUCCCCCGUCCUCCCUCUGUGCCUCCCUCUCCCUCUGCCUCGCUGCACUCCACCCCUCACCACAGCGACGAGGAAGAUGAGGAGCCUUACGACCAUGACGAGGAGGCCGAGCGUGACCGACAAAACAUCAAAUCACCCUUCACAUUGGGGGCAGUAUUUCACCGCAAGAAGAGGCAGCCUAAGGAGAACAGUAACUGAGGAAACCCCCUGAUAGCCACUGCCAGCUCACACAAACCUCUUUCCUUUUUUCAACAACUCAGCCCACAGCUCUCAUUCCCACUGAGCCUCCCUCUCUGGCCAUUCCCAUAACCUUCCUCAAAUUAUACCUGUCUCCCAGGCCCCAUAUGCAGCCCUCCCACUCAAUGUAACCUGUCUUUCACUGGCCCUGCCCACAGUCCUCACCCUCACUCUACCCUUCUUUCCCUGGCCCCGCCCACAGUCUUUCUCCUUAUGCCCCACAUCUCUACCUGGCCCCACCCACAGCCUCACCCUCACUUUACCUGUCUUUCCCUGGCACUGCCCACAGCUCUUUUCCUCAUGCUAUUCCUCUCUACCUGGGCCUGCCCACAACCUUUCUCCUUGUUCUAGUCUUUCAAUUUUCCUGCCUUUAACCACUGAAUGGUAGAAUACUGUGGUAAAUUGCCCCACAAUUGACUUAAUUUAUGGUGAUCAAUGGUUAUUUGUUUAACUGCAGGAUAAAUGUUAUUAGACUUAGAAUGGAAUUUUAUCACACAAUCUAUACUGUACCUUCUGAUAAAUCCACUGCACUUAGCUUUCCUCCUGAAAGCAAAACAGUAGAAUUUCCACUGUUUGGCAAUAAGCACUUACCAUGGUGAUAAAAACACUGCUGUGAGCAAUUUGCGUAUUAAGCCAAAUUCCUUUAUCAAAUGAUAUUGAUUUGAUGUUAAUAGAUUUAAUCUUUGGUUGGAAAAAUAAGUUUCCUGAGGGAUACUUUCAGAUUAGAUCAAGAAUACUGUUCUGUAGAGAAAAAAGUUUCUGGAAGAAAUAUCAUUAUUGUGCACUACCUGGCUUUGUCAAUGUCAGUGAAACUUUUUUAGUGUUAUCUGAGUCUGGUUCAGUGUAUCAUCUACUGCAACUGGAACUAACAUUCACAUUACUGUGUGUCAGUGGUACACAACUCCAUUCCUGGUGAGCCAAAAUGAAUGCUGCUUUUUGUCCUAAGCAAUUAUUGUUAUAUAUGUCUUAACAUCUAUAAACACAGAAACCACAUGUGCAGCCUACAGCUCAUGGCUUCAUCAAAAACAUCAAAUAAAUGAUUGGACUGAUUAAAUAAUUAAAGUGAACGUGUAGCCUGAUCCAGAAAUGGUUAUUGGCCCUGUAGUGCACUUUUGCUGUUGGUUCAUAGCACACUAUAACAUGUGGCAAUUUGGCAAAUAAUUCUGGAGCGUAAUAUUGGGGCACUUUCAUACUUGAACUAUGUAUUCACCAUUUUCUUUGUCUGAAUCUUUGUCAGGAUUGACCACAUGUUCAGGGAGAUGUCAGCACACGUGAAGCAAACUCUAAUUCUACUGAAAGCACCCUGGCUGUAUAAUACUGGUUAACAAUCAUUUACAAUAAAAUGUGUUGUAUUGAA